AUGCGCCUGCUGGUCGCCGGUUCGAAUCCCGCCUCGGCACUUUGUGCGGUAGGAAACUGCACAGCAUCAACGAGCACUGUUAAUCCCACAGCUCCUCAGGGUGGGGAGAUCCGGUUCCAUCCCACCCCACAGCCCCAUCAGCCCCCGGUGUGACCUGUGUGCUGCAGUCACACCGACAGCUCCCCCAAAAUAUGGUCUCCUUCCAGCGUGGGGAUCCCACAGGUCACCACUUUGGGCACCUUUUUAAGGCAGAAGAGGAAAAAGCUGUGCCCAGCAGCCUGGCAGCUGGGUGUUGCUGGCGGAGAUGCAGGAGGUGCCCAGUGCUGGGAUGCGACGGCUGUGAGGAAAAGUGCAGGUGACAGCAGAGCUGUGUCUUGCAGUGCCAUCCCUGUCCUUUUGCACUGCUCAUGCCACUGCUUCCCCUGCUGCAGGAUGAUGAAGCCGCUGAAGCUUUUUGGAAUGGUGAUCUUCUGUGGGCUGCUCUCUCCCACCCAGGGGGUUCUGUCCGGCCUGUCCUGCACCGUCAGUACCAACGCCAUAAAACAAGUGCUGUCCAGUGCCAUCAUUAGUAGCGGGCUUUUGCAGACGCACCUGCACGACCUGGUGCUGCCGAACAUCAUGAGUGACAGGGGUCUGCUGAGCUCCUUGAUCGUCAUCACAGGGCUGCACCUGGAGAAGUCCCAGCUGCCCACACUGUCGUUGGAGCUGCUGCCUGGGAUUGGGAUGCAGUUGGCCAUCAGCGUGCACCUGGAUUUCAGUGGCAACUGCUUGAUUGGCCUUCUCUCCAACGUAAUUGUUAUCUCCCUGGAUGUGACCAUUACCACGAACAUCAAAUAUGCAAAUUUUGAGUCGGGUGCAGUCCAGGUCAUUGCUGAUGAUUGCUUCUGCAUUCUUGGUGCUGUAAAGAUCGAGCUGCUCUCUGGCUUAGUGUCCCUGUCAGUGCAUGACGUUGUGCUCAGCCACCUGACAGCAACUUUGCCUGGUUUGCUGUGUCCAGUGAUGAAUGUUGUCUACAGCAUAGUGAACGUCAAGCUCCUGAGCACUCUGGAUACGGUGAUCCCGAUUGGCUCGAAGGGGAUGCUUCGCUACGGCCUGGUUAGCCCACCAUUCAUCUCUGGUUCGUCCCUGAUUAUGAAUUUAGAUGGCACAGUGCAGCAAAUAGGAGGCAGCAUCAUCCCCCACAACUCGUAUGCCUCUGCCAUGCCCUCGCUGCCGAACAGGCUGAUGACCAUCUGUAUGCGCCAGAGCUUCCUCAACUCCGUGCUGAUCCUGCAGCUCCAGAUACAGCCAUACACCUUCCCCUGCUCGCCAGAAACUUUCUCUGAGGCCAACCAGCUGAUAGAUUCCAUCAUAGCCCUUUAUCCCGCUGGGUGCACCAGCUGCCCUAUGUCCAGUCUUCUGAGCAUCCAUGUGGAGGGUGCGGGGAACCCCAUCCUCCACUUGGAACCCAACAAAGCCACCGUUGAGCUGCCAGUCCUGCUCCAGAUAUUGGGUAAGCGCCCGGAUGAGUCCAUCAUCAACCUGCUGCUCCUGAAGGUGAACCUCAAUCUGAACAUCCACCUGUCGAUCUCCAGGGGCAGCCUGGUGCUGGCCUUCUCCCUGAACAGUGCUCCCCUCUUCUUGCAGUCAUCUGACAUUGGCAUCAGUAAUAUAUCCAUCCUGAAGCCACACCUCAUUAAGCUGCUGGGGGAUACCUACCUGCGACUUCUCAAUAAUGCUACAGUUGUUGAGAUACCCCUGCCGAGCAUGUUAGGAAUUCCUCUGGUAAAGGUGGAUUUCACGAUCACCUCGGGAGCGUUGUUCAUCAGCAUGUGA